GUUCGGAGCUGCCUCUUGGCGGGUCCCUGGGCCCGAAAACGCUGACCGUGGGCGGCCAGGAAUCAACAAGACACAUCGAACUCGUUUGUCUCGAAUCCGUGGAAGCCUGGGUCGCAAGAGUGCCUCUUUCUCCGCCUCGGCGCUCCCCACGGCGACUCUGUCGCACCGCUCUCGGCGGGAACGGUCGCACCGUUCUCGGAAAGGGAGGAGGAGGAAGAGGAGGAGGAAGAAGAAGGGGAGGAGGACAAAAGAACAAGGAGGAGGUGAAGGUGGCGCCGGCUGGCAGCGCUCAGAAUUCGCUCAUGCUGGCCGCAAGCUCUGGCUGCCCCGCAGCCAGCGGCCGCAACCGCCACGGCGUCGACGUGAGUGGGUUGACGUACAUCGGCUCGCUGGGCCAGGUGGGGCGGAGCGGCUCGUCCACCCCGGCGACGCCUGCUCGGGUCCAGGCGGCGCGGCUGCUAGUCGUCGUAGAUCACCACCACUUCCUCGGGCUGGCGCACGGCCUGGACUCCAUCAGGCUGCCUGUGCCUGCUGACGAAUUCCGCCAGCUCCCUGCGCCACAGCUUGUUGGCGUCCUCCCACUUCCUCUCCCGGGGUCUUGACACUCCAGCACCGCCUCUGGUGGCGGCCCAGGGGCGCUUCGCGCCCCCGUAGUGGGGUUAUGUGACCGCCCCAUGCCACACUCGGGGCUCACUGAAGCCAGCCUGAACCACUAUGGCUGCUGGGAAGAAUUACCAAUCAAAUGAUAACCCUGGCCAACCCUCGGGCAAACCCUCCGACCGACCCUGCGGCCAGCCCUCCGACCCCAGACCCCC